UUUUCUCAGUUCUAAAUACCCAAAACCCAGAUGCAAGAUUCAUAUCGAAGCCAUCGUAGUCGUCGUCUUCUUCUUCUUCGCAAUCGCAGCCCCACGGUAAUCCUACGGUCCAGAUUCUUCCCUCCUUACCCACCACCACUCUCCAGAACUCUCUCCUUCUUCUUAAUCUUCUUCUCCUUUUCCUCUCUGAUUCCUCUGUCCAUCUACUUCUUCGGUUCAUCACUGCCAUCGCCGUCCGGAGGAAGCAAGGCAGAUUUCGGUAUGGGUGUGCAGAGAUUGAACUCGAGUUUGGCUACAAUGGGGGAACAAACCGUUUCUUGUACCACUUUCAAUAUACUGGCUCCUAUCUAUAAGCGGCUCGAUCAACAGAACCAGAGUAUCCGAGAGAGUGAUUUUCACGCUCGGUGGUUUGAUAGGAACCAGAGGAUUUUGGAUUGGUUAUUGCAUGAUCGGUCUUCGAUUAUUUGUCUCCAGGAAUUUUGGGUCGGAAAUGGAGAAUUAGAGCGUAUGUACCGAGAGAGACUGGGCAGCGGAGGUUACACUACUUUUCAGCUGCCCAGAACAAAUGAACGUGGAGAUGGUCUUUUAACUGCCGUUCACAAGGAUGACUUUGAAGUCGUGAAUCACCGUGAGCUGCUCUUUAACGACUUUGGAGACCGUGUGGCUCAGCUCUUGCACGUCCAAUCGGUUGUUCCAUUUUCGCAUAAUGGAAAUGAAAAAGUUCGACAGGAGUUUCUCAUCGUGAACACCCAUCUGUUGUUUCCUCAUGAUUCUAGUUUGUCCAUUGUAAGAUUGCAUCAGGUCUACAAAAUUCUUGAAUAUCUGGAGACGUACCAAAAGGAAAAUAAACUUGGCAACAUGCCCAUUAUUCUCUGCGGUGACUGGAACGGAAGCAAACGUGGGCAUGUCUACAAAUUCCUGAGGUCUCAGGGUUUUGUAUCGUCGUAUGAUAUUGCUCACCGAUACACUGACAGUGAUGCAGAUGCUCACAGGUGGGUUAGCCAUAGAAACCACAGGGGGAACAUAUGCGGAGUCGACUUCAUAUGGCUUCGUAACCCUAACAAGUCAAGAAAACCGUUGAAAACGAGUUGGGCAGAGGCGGCUUUUGGUAUAAUCAAGUAUCAACUCCAGAAAGCUUCCAUAACCGAGGACAAGGCCUUUGCAUCUCUAAGGGGCCGUAGCAUCAGUGAUUCUGUGACAUACCCAGAUUUUUGUGAAGCGCUUCAGAAGGUAAAUUUAACGGGUCUUCCUUUCAGGCUCAGCUUCGAGGACACAAAAGAUCUGUGGCUUCGGGCUGAUCUCGAUGGAAAUGGCGUUCUCGAUUAUGAAGAACUUAAGAGGAUUUGGGACAUGAGAUUGGUUGAUCAAACUGAAUACUGUGAAGAGGGUACGGAAACGGUAGAGAACGCUGAAGAAGAAGCGAUCGGUUUCAAGGUGAAGAAGGCACUUUUGUUUCCCCGAGAGGCGGAGAGAGGAAUGUGGCCGGAGAACUACACUCUGUCCGACCAUGCCCGCCUCACUGUCGAAUUCUCACCAGUCAGGAUGCUCUGUAGUUAAAGCCCUGAAAAGGUUUUGGACAAUAACACAAUGUUAGUUACAGUUACAGAAGACAGAAGGAAGUAGAGACAGGUCGGAAACACAGGUUCUUGUCAUCUGUAUCGUUUUCUUUGUGACAGAGAAGCAAGGACAUGCUGUAUAAAAAGGUUGUCAUGGUGAUGACUCUGUUCUCGAAAACCUCAAACCUUGGAAAGUUUGGUGAUUUAUUGUACGGAAAAAUCCAAUGAACUCUAAAAUCUCUGUAAAAAAGAAAAGAAGGUUUUGACUUCAUGCUACGGGAUUUCUUAUAAUA